UAUACUUAUAUAUGCCGUGUAGUAUUUACCUUGAAAUGAAUCUACGAGAUAACAAAAAUGCGCGGUUUGUCGAGCUAUGCCAUCAGUUCUACAAGCGUAUUCAUAGCGAAUUGGUGCUCUUCAUUUUUAUUGUCGCUAUAUAAUACUUUUUUUUCAUUACCAUUUAAAAUGAAGACUUUACUUGUAAUUACGUUCGUUUUUAUGUCAAUUACUGGAGCUUUAGCUCAAUCAUUUAAUGUAGGUCCUUGUCCUAAAGUGAAUACGGUUGAAAAUUUGGAUAUUGAAAGCUAUACAGGACUUUGGUAUGAAUAUGAGCGAAGUUUUCCAAUGGUUUUUGAAUUUGGCGGCAAAUGUGUUACAGCUAAUUACAGUGCUAAUGAUGAUGGUACAAUAAAAGUUGUUAACCGACAAAUUUCAUCAAUAACUGGUUCAGAAUCAUCAAUAGUUGGUACAGCAAGAGUGGAUGAUGAAGCAUGUAAAAAUACGACCUGUGGUAAAUUGAAAGUUACCUUUCCAGUACCAGUAGUAGGUGAAGUAGAGGGAACUUAUUGGGUUCUCGAUACAGAUUAUACAAGUUAUGCUGCAGUAUGGAGCUGUACUAGUUUUGUAGUUUCUCAUAUAUCCUAUGCUUGGGUUUUAACCAGAGAUCAACAACCCUCAAACUCUGUUGUGAAGAAAGCUACAAGUCUUUUUGAUGAUAAUAAAAUCGAGUAUAUUUUUAUGACCAAAACUGAUCAAGAAAACUGUCCAUAAUUGUUUCUAUUCCAAAACAAAUAAUAAUGUAUCUUAUUUUAAAAAUGUAAUUUUAGAAAAAAGAUCCUAAUUGAAUCACGUUUUAAUAAAUAAUAAUUAUUAAGUUCAUUUUA